UGAAGCAAAACAAGCAUGUUCGGCAUCGAUGUCGUUUCUUUAUCUGAUUAAAUAUUUCAGGGUUGAUUCCGGACAAAUUGCCCUUUGAGCGCGUUAUUUUGGAUAAUCUGGAUCACUUGCUUCCGACCGAGCGACUGCACCUCUUCGAGACGAGGAGCGCAUGAAAUCCGAUAGAAAUCAAGAGUUUCCUUCGGGACAUUUAAUAUUUUUUUCCAGCCGUCUGUUCACAAUAUACGUACAUAUUUACAAAUAGGAUUAAUUUUCUGUGGCAGAAUUGGAUGCAGGGCCGUUAAUGGUUUGUAAUUGAAAUCACAACCGGCCAUACAUUGCGAUGCUUAUCAUCCAACAUCAAUGAUGCGAUGGCGUGAGAGCAGGAAAACAGCCUAGGGAGGUGAUGGACAAUGUCGAGUCCAGCGGGUACAAGACACCUGCGCUCCUGGUCCUGAAUGCAGCGGAGAGAGACACCUAACCGGGUGUCACCGUCAGCCCUGGAUGCUGCGCCGAAGAAUGGGAUACUCCGACCCAUCGUCGGGUAAAGAUAUACUCGGCAAUAGAUCGCUUUGUUUCAUAUUUAUUUGCGCAUUUGGACUCGUCACACUAUUGCAACAGAUUCUAUAUGGGAAAAACUACAUUAAGAGUGCGCAACAGUUUAGCCGACUCAAAGGAGACGAGACAGGAAAUUGGACCGGUCCCGUUAAUUUCUCCGAUGAUGGAUCUCUGAAGCCUGCCAGAAAUGGAAGGAAAAGAUGUUUCCGUCAGAAUUUUCAGCCAGAUUCACAGCUCUCCGUAAUAGUCACACCCUGCCUAGCCGAUAUUAAGAAGAAAAAAAAACGCUCUCAAAGGUAUCUGGAAAACUAUGAUGGCUCCUUUGACUACAACUCCACUGCAUGCAGGGAGCUCAGGCAGGAGAUUAUGGACGUCAAGGUCCUGACAAUGGUGAAAACCUCAGACCUGUUUGAGAGAUGGCGAAACCUGCAGGUGUGUAGGUGGGAGCAGAACAAGGAGGAGACCAGCAACUUCAAGAUGUCUCUGUCUCGCUGCUGUAAUGCACCUUCCUUUUUGUUCACCACCAAGAGGAACACUCCUGCAGGGGCCAAGCUGAGGUACGAGGUGGACACCAGUGGUAUCCUUCCCAUCACCACUGAGGUCUUCAAGAUGUUCCCAGAUGACAUGCCCUAUUCCAAAUCACAGUACAAGAAAUGUGCUGUUAUUGGAAAUGGUGGCAUCAUCAAGAACAGCAAAUGUGGAAAGGAAAUUGACUCAGCAGAUUUUGUGUUUAGGUGCAACAUACCACCCAUUAAUGAGAAGUACUCAGCUGAUGUUGGCACUAAAACAGAUCUGGUGACAAUAAAUCCGAGCAUUAUCACAGAGAGAUUUCAGAAGCUGGAGAAAUGGCGGCGACCGUUUUAUGAAGUCCUCCAGAAUUACGAGAACUCCUCAGUGGUCCUUCCAGCCUUCUACAACACCCGCAACACCGAUGUAUCUUUCAGAGUCAAGUACAUGCUGGAUGACUUUGACUCCCAGAGAGGCGUGUUCUUCUUCCACCCACAGUAUCUGCUCAACGUGCAGCGUUUCUGGGCGGUGCAGGGCGUCCGGGCCAAGCGGCUCAGCAGUGGCCUGAUGCUUGUGACUGCUGCCUUAGAGAUGUGCGAGGAGGUCCACCUCUACGGUUUCUGGGCGUUUCCCAUGAACCCCUCUGGCAUCUUCAUCACUCACCAUUACUACGACAACGUCAAGCCACGGCCGGGCUUCCACGCGAUGCCCCACGAAAUUUUCAACUUCAUUCACAUGCAUACACGCGGGAUCAUCAAUGUACACACGGGGCAGUGUACGUGAUCCCUCACUCCUCUGCUUAACGUGAUAGCUCAACAUUUUACCUUUAAUAUGUUUAUUUUAAAGCAGAUUUACUGUCAUGUUUAAUUUCUGUGAGGGAGACAGUUCACUAUUUCCUGCCUGUUUAAAAAGAGAGUUGGGCUCUCACUAACUCCACUACACGUUGAAGGUUGCUUGCUUUAAUUGCCAACAUACUUCUCUUUUUGAUGCGUACCUUAAGUUGUUUAUUUAGCCAAUCAAAUGACUAUGGUUAUCUGUGACUCUCUGACCAUAGAAUGCUUGUUUUUAAUGUGAACAGUGGUCUUCAUAGUGAUGUUGUUUCUGUGAAGUUUUCUAGUGGCUCUGCUGUACAGAGGUGUCGUUUUCUACUCAACACUGCACAGAUAUUUAUGCUGAAAUGAGGGCACUGUGGGCGUCUUCGUGUCCCCUCAUUCCCCCCUCUCUUCUUCUCUCUUUAUCUUGGACACUCUGUGGGUGUGGCAGCUUUUAAUGUUUGUGUAAAACAAAGCCUGAACCUUGACAUUAAGCUAAUAUUUAAAGAAAGGAUGAAAAAAGAUAAAACUAACAUCCAUUUGUCUACUUUUGUAAUCUAUUUCCUAUUCACCAGAUUCACUAGGUGAAUAUUUUAAAACACUCUUAAUAUGGCCUGUUUUCAGUGGCCUACUUUCUCCCAUUUAAAAUUUUCUCUGAUGUUUCUGGUAAAAAAAAAAAAAAAGGUGUACAAGAA